AUGUACAAUGCUCCAAACACAUUUCUGGAUUCUGAAUCUGCCCAUCUGGCAGCUGGUAUCACUGCUGUAGCAAAUUCAGACUUAUCCUCAUCCUCACAGUGCGACUACAGCUCACUACCAAGUACCAUUGAAGAUCUCUGCAUGGACUCGCAACUUUCAGCGAAGUAUGCGACAGAGCAAAAGAAUCUAAUUAGGUUUGUCCCUGAAAUUCUCCAUAUUCGUGAUAAUCACAUACUUCCGACUAAAGAUUCGAGAUUUGCGACAAAUGCGAUCCUCGAAACUGGCUCGUACAAACUCGAAGGUAUUAUUACAGACGAAACAUUAUGUGAGGACACAAAAAAUGCUCUCAAUGAUACCAUGGUGGUGUUCGACGAUUCGUUGCUGCAGAAAACAAUUACCAUUAUCAAACAAGGUCAAGAAUCAAUCUUCAAUACGACCAAAUUCUCGCUGAAUAACGUUAAUCCCCAUGGAAGCCAAGCGUGCCGAAAGCUCAAAGACCAUGUGUCUAAGCUGGUUGGAGAUCAGACCAGUAAACAGGAACUGCUCGACGAGAACACCAAAAAGCUGAUUCUGAAGGUUGUCGUGCCAGAGAAGCUGACCAUCCGCGUGUGCAACACUGAGACAUAA